AGGGUAUUUUGAUAGAAAAAAAAGGAUCCAUCAGGCUUCUUUUAAUUUUUGACAUUGCUGAUUGGUCAUAGGAAUCCUCUGUCAAUUGAUGGAAACUUCAUGUGCCAGGAAAGGGCCUCAGAAAAUUGGAUUCAUGAAGACUAAUUAAUAGUCGGUUUUCUUUAACAGAACUCACUUCCAAUAGUUGUUGGAAGAGAAAAAUUUUACUGUGAGAUUAGGAUGAGUGUAAGCAGGUAGAGCAGUUCUAAGAGUGGACUAAAGAAGUUAUUUGCAGUGGCCUUCUUCAGUGAAUUUGAAAGUGUAAUGCAUGUAUCAUAUUGGACUCUUUUUGAGAAAACAAAAUGCACAAUGUCGCUGUUUGGAACUAUGAGAGACAAGGUGAUUGUAGUCUCUUGAAUGGGUGGCCUCCACAAAAGAUGUACUAUGUACCCAGCAUAAAUGAGGAAGAAUUUGAUGCGCUGCCAAUUGACUAUUCAGUCAACAGUGAGGCUUGUCUUGGAAAUCAGUUGUCUCAACCAGCACCAUCUACGUCUCACCAGCUGCAAUUGAACAGUUUUAUUGGCAAUUAUGCAGACAACAACAAAGGCUUAACUUUUAACCAGACACAGCAGGUUUACUAUCAACAAGACCAUCACACAGAUCACGCGUUUGAGACACCACCAAAUGCAAUCAUAGCUGCAGAAGUCUCGGCAAAUCACGAUGAUUACCAAAAUGGUGGAAUUGUAGAGGUGACGCCUCAGUUCCCACCCCAGACAUUAGACAUUCCUGAUAUCAUCUUAUCUAAUAAUUUUUCAGCAUUUCAACCACAAGACCAGUAUCAGACAGGUAGUAUAGCCACCGGCUCUGAAACAUACUGUGGCCAUAUUUCAGCAUUUACGACAAGGUCUGUGAACCAAUCAGCACAGGCUUUCCAUUCAGACCACUCGUUUGGCGGUUAUUUUAAAGUCCCCCAUUUACCUGUAAGUGGAGGCGGACAUUACCUUCACCCAUCGGGGCAUUGUUAUAAUAGCUAUUGUCACAUGGAGGGGGGUGUCGUGUCACCAGCAGGAUCAACGCAUUCGUCCCCAAGUCGACCUGACACUAGUGAGGAUAGCGAUGACUGCCUGCCUUUGUCACAGUUGGCUGGUCCCGGUCACCAGAGGGCAUCACCUGUGCCAGCUACUGAUCCAGGACUCCCAGUGAAGAAGAAGAGGGGAAGGACUCCCAAGAAGAAAAAGAAGAAGGAUCCAAAUGAACCCCAGAAGCCAGUAUCAGCAUAUGCCCUCUUCUUCCGAGACACACAGGCAGCAAUCAAGGGACAGAACCCCAGUGCAACUUUCGGGGAAAUUUCCAAAAUUGUGGCGUCAAUGUGGGACAACCUUGACCCAGAUAGUAAAAAUGUGUAUAAGCAGAGAACAGAGACGGCAAAAAAAGAAUACCUGAAAUUGCUUGCAGCCUACAGAGCCACUCAAGUAUCACAGGAAGGAGCAGAGCUGCACACGCCCCCUGUCCCAAAGAAAAAGAAACCUUCCCCUCCACCACAGCAAAAGGAGGAAGCAGAAGAAGAGGCUGAAGGGGAGGAAAGCUUGGGUCAACAAAGUCCAGAUGAUGAUGAUGGUGCUGGUAAAGAAGGGGAACAUGCAGUUACAGCAGAACAGAAUUUUAAACAGCAACAACAACAACAGUCUCAGCAACAGCAACAACCAGCAACAGCUAAGGUUGUAUUUCCUGGUAAAGAUGGAAAACCUAUUACACUCACUCUGACACCUUCCUCCCUCCUGGGUCACAAAAAUUUAACCAGAGUUUUGCCAAAAGCAGAGAUUUUAACCAAUCAGCAAGAAAAUGUUCCAGCAGAGGGUGUUGAGAGCGGAAUGAAAGUGAUCACAACGACAAGUGGGAAAAUUACAAAGAAGAUUAUACAGCUCCAUGUCAAUCCUGACCAGCUGAAGCAAUUCCAGUCAAUUGCUCCAAAGACAACUACCACAAUUUCAGACCCUCAGCAAGUGCUGGCGUCUAGUGGUCAAAUGGAAAACCAGAUCCCUGCUCCAGAAGCCCCCAAAGAAGAGCCCUCUCCUUUGCCGGUGUGUUUACGAGAUGGCUGUAAUAACCCAAGUGUAGAAAACCCACAGUGGGACCAAGAAUACUGCAGUAGUCAGUGUGUCGUUAGUCAUUGCAGGGAUGUGUUCACAGCUUGGGUGGCUGCAAGGCAAGCAUCUUACAAUCAAGCUUGA